GCACAACCUCCUCCAUCCCAUCACAUCGCGGCUUUCGGUCACGUCUCUUUCCCCAUUCCCCUCUCUCCUCUCUACACUCUCCCUCAUCGCCAUGUCCAAGUCAAACUCGUCCUGCUUCGCCAACCUCGUCGCGCAUGCCGCGCGCACCGUCUCCACCCCCAGCGGCCUCGACGGUGGCCUCCAGCUCUUCGCUUACACCGGCCCCGUCGUCGCCCAGCUCGUCCUCAAGCUUGCCCAGGCCCGCGCCAAGCACCCCAUUCUCCAGAAGGUUGGCGGUGACACCGCCCGUCUUACCGAGCUCGCCGCCGGCAUCGUCCGCGGCGCCGGGAACAUCAGCGAGGCCCGUGUUAUCAUGCGCGCGUUCGGCCUGCUCCCCAUGCUUGACUGGCUCCUCCGCCUUCACCCCAACCCGGCCAAGGCGCUCGCCAACUUCUUCCUCCGCCCCAGCCUGGCUAACCUCGACCUGAGGAACGAGAAGGUCUUCCAGACCCUCCGCGUCAUCCUCCUCUCCCUCUUCUACAUUGGCGAGCACUCCGUCUGGCUCGGCACCAGAGGCAUCCUCGCUCUUACCCCCGAGCAGCUCGGCACCAUUGCCAAGAUUUCGAUCCGCUCUUGGGCGAUCGACGUCGGCCUGUCGGCGGUCAAGCUCAUCUCCACCUACCGCGGCCUCCUGGCGCGCAAGAAUGCGCUCCAGGCCCAGGGCGAGAAGGUGGAUGCCGAGGAGGCCAAGAAGCUCUCGGCGGACUUUACGGCGUGGAAGCGUGCCGCCUGGGUCAACUUCGCCUGGAUCCCCCUUACUGUCCACUGGUCGUUCGGCGGCCUCUGGGAGAACCCGCUCAUCACUGCCGCGAUUGGCGCCGUCGUGUCGGUCGGGAAGCUCAACAACGCGUGGGCGGCGGCCGCCUAAAUCUGGCGCGAGGACGAGAGCGCCUGCGCUGGCGCGUAGAGUUCAGAAGCAGUUGUGCACACUGUCAUUUGAUGGAUCGAUUCUUGAGACGGAGACGGCGUCUGGGGGCUUGCUGUUGUAACUGCGGUUUAUCAUGCAAGGCUUCUUCUGUG